CUAUAAAUUCUCAGUGUAAAUAUAUAACCUGGUUUCUCCUACCAUCUUCUUCUUCAUUAGUUGGUUCUGUAAACAGAGAAUCAUAGGAAAAGAAAAAAGAUAGACAGAGUAAUUUAGACCGGAGAAAGGGUUUAAGAAACUGAGAGAGAGAGAGAGAGAGAGAGGAAGAAGGGUAUAGAGAGAUGGGGGAAUCAGGAGACAAGGCUGAAGUACUCGAGGCUGUAUUAAAAGAAGCUGUAGAUUUGGAGAACAUACCCAUAGAAGAAGUAUUUGAAAAUCUAAGAUGUAGUAGAGAAGGAUUAACUUCUGAAGGGGCUCAAGAAAGAUUAAGCAUCUUUGGUUAUAACAAACUUGAAGAAAAAAAGGAGAGUAAGUUUUUCAAGUUCUUGGGAUUUAUGUGGAAUCCAUUAUCAUGGGUUAUGGAAGCAGCUGCGAUAAUGGCUAUUGCACUUGCUAAUGGAGGAGGAAAGCCUCCAGAUUGGCAGGACUUUGUUGGAAUCAUCAUUCUUCUUGUGAUUAACUCGACGAUUAGUUUUAUAGAGGAAAAUAACGCAGGGAAUGCCGCUGCUGCUCUCAUGGCUCGGCUAGCACCGAAAGCUAAGGUUCUCCGGGAUGGAAAAUGGAACGAGGAAGACGCAGCUGUCCUUGUUCCUGGUGAUGUUAUCAGUAUUAAACUUGGGGAUAUAGUUCCUGCAGAUGCACGUCUACUUGAUGGAGAUCCAUUGAAAAUUGACCAGUCUGCACUUACUGGGGAGUCCUUGCCUGUUACAAAAGGGCCGGGUGAUGGGGUUUAUUCUGGUUCUACCUGCAAGCAGGGAGAAAUUGACGCAGUUGUGAUUGCAACUGGUGUUCAUACUUUCUUCGGAAAGGCUGCUCAUCUUGUAGAUUCUACCAACCAAGUUGGUCACUUCCAAAAGGUCUUGACGGCAAUUGGGAAUUUCUGUAUAUGCUCAAUUGCCAUAGGGAUGGUAAUAGAGAUUAUUGUCAUGUACCCUAUUCAAGAUAGGGAUUAUCGUCCUGGAAUUGACAAUCUUCUGGUUCUUUUAAUUGGAGGAAUUCCAAUUGCCAUGCCAACAGUGCUGUCAGUGACGAUGGCCAUUGGUUCUCAUCGUUUAGCUCAGCAGGGAGCUAUCACGAAGAGAAUGACAGCAAUAGAGGAAAUGGCUGGCAUGGACGUGCUCUGCAGUGACAAGACUGGCACAUUAACUUUGAACAAGCUCAGUGUCGACAAGAAUCUUGUUGAGGUUUUCACCAAAGGAGUGCAUCAAGAUACUGUUAUCUUGAUGGCUGCUAGAGCAUCACGCACUGAGAAUCAAGAUGCGAUAGACACUGCAAUUGUUGGCAUGCUGGCUGACCCAAAGGAGGCGCGUGCUGGAAUUCAAGAAGUGCAUUUUCUCCCGUUCAACCCUACUGACAAACGAACAGCUCUCACCUAUAUUGACAAUGAAGGUAAAAUGCAUCGGGUCAGCAAAGGUGCACCAGAGCAGAUUCUGAAUCUUGCCCACAAUAAAUCAGACAUAGAGCGAAGGGUCCACGCAGUGAUUGAUAAAUUUGCAGAACGAGGCUUAAGAUCACUCGGGGUAGCAUACCAGGAAGUCCCAGAAGGGAGAAAAGAGAGCAUCGGUGGUCCAUGGCAGUUUAUCGGCCUAUUGCCACUCUUUGACCCACCUAGACACGAUAGUGCUGAGACAAUUAGGCGGGCUUUAGAUCUUGGUGUUAGUGUCAAAAUGAUCACAGGUGAUCAACUGGCCAUUGGGAAAGAAACUGGCCGCCGUCUGGGAAUGGGAACCAACAUGUACCCCUCAUCUGCAUUGCUAGGUCAGAGCAAGGAUGAAUCUGUUGCAGCUUUACCGGUUGAUGAACUGAUAGAGAAAGCAGAUGGGUUUGCUGGUGUUUUCCCUGACCAUAAAUAUGAGAUCGUAAAACGCCUGCAAGCGAGGAAGCACAUAUGUGGAAUGACUGGUGAUGGAGUGAAUGAUGCUCCUGCUCUUAAAAAGGCUGAUAUUGGUAUUGCUGUUGCGGAUUCAACUGAUGCAGCUCGUAGUGCUUCUGACAUAGUACUAACUGAGCCUGGUCUUAGUGUUAUAAUUAGCGCCGUGCUGACAAGUCGAGCUAUAUUUCAAAGAAUGAAGAACUACACGAUUUAUGCUGUUUCAAUCACCAUUCGUAUUGUGCUUGGUUUCAUGCUACUAGCUCUUAUCUGGAAGUUCGACUUUCCUCCUUUCAUGGUGCUUAUUAUUGCCAUACUUAAUGAUGGUACCAUAAUGACGAUAUCAAAAGAUAGAGUAAAACCUUCACCUCUGCCGGACAGCUGGAAGCUGGCUGAGAUCUUUGCCACUGGAGUAAUUCUCGGUAGUUACAUGGCAAUAAUGACAGUUAUCUUCUUCUGGGCUGCAUAUAAAACAAAUUUCUUUCCGCGUACAUUCGGGGUGCACAGCCUUGAGAAAACAGAACGCGAUGACAUUAAGAUGCUUGCCUCAGCGAUAUAUCUGCAAGUUAGCACUAUCAGCCAGGCCCUUAUCUUUGUGACGCGGUCACGUAGUUGGUCUUUUGUCGAGCGUCCAGGAUUAUUGCUUGUGGCGGCUUUCUUGGUUGCUCAGCUGAUUGCUACGCUAAUUGCAGUAUAUGCAAACUGGGCUUUCGCUGCGAUAGAAGGCAUAGGAUGGGGUUGGGCUGGUGUAAUCUGGCUGUAUAACAUCGUCUUCUACUUCCCUCUUGAUAUUUUGAAGUUCAUUAUCCGUUACGCUAUCAGCGGGAGGGCCUGGGAUCUUGUUAUCGAGCAAAGGGUUGCAUUCACGAGGCAAAAGGAUUUCGGCAAAGAAGCACGAGAGCUUCAAUGGGCUACUGCACAGAGGACGCUUCAUGGCCUUCACCCACCUGAUACCAAAAUGUUCCAUGGUGCUGGUGGUUUCACCGAGCUCAAUCAUAUGGCUGAGGAAGCCAAAAGAAGAGCUGAAAUCACAAGGUUACGCGAACUCCAUACAUUGAAGGGUCAUGUAGAAUCAGUGGUAAGGUUGAAGGGACUCGACAUCGACACAAUUCAACAAGCAUAUACAGUCUGAGCUCCUCCAACUGUUCUUAUAAAUAUCGUAAAAUUACACUCUUCCUGUAGUUAGCUUAAAGAAUCCCCAAGUAGAGCAAACAUCAUAGAUUUACAUCUGCUCUAAUACACAUUUAAACCCUUUAUAUAGUGUUGUAAUCUUGUAGCUCGUUACAUCUUUAUGCAAAUUUACAUUUUCCUACA